AUGGCUUUCUCUACAAUCUACAACGUCUUUUUCAAGAGAAACUCAGUCUUCGUUGGAACCGUUUUCGCAGCCUCGUUUGUAUUUCAGGCCGCUUUCGAUACCAGCGUAACUUCGUGGUAUGAAGCUCAUAACAAAGGCAAAAUGUGGAAAGACGUUAAGUUGAAGCUCAGUCAAGCCGGCGAAGAUGACGAAGACGAUGACGACGAAUGA